UGCGCCCUCAUUGGUUAGAUGUGGAACGUGACUUAUGACUAGCAUUUUCUGACUCAAGACAGUCCAUUGAAGUGUUUUUGUCCAGCCUUUUGCGCCUGAAAGCAACAUGAGCUCAAUAGGAGCAGGGUAUGAUCUCUCAGCAUCCCAGUUCUCACCGGAUGGGAGAGUGUUCCAGGUGGAGUAUGCCAUUAAAGCAGUAGAGAAUAGUGGCACAGCAGUAGGUCUGCGAUGCAAAGAUGGUGUUGUAUUUGGUGUGGAGAAGCUAGUCACAUCUAAGCUUUACGAGCAGGGCUCCAACAAGAGAAUAUUCACCGUCGACAGACAUGUUGGAAUGGCUGUUGCUGGUCUUAUUGCUGAUGCCAGGCAGGUUGUUGAAAUUGCAAGAGAAGAAGCAUCAGACUACAGAGCAUCCUAUGGUACGCCAAUCCCAGUCAAACACCUCACAGACCGAGUUGCCAUGUAUGCACAUGCCUAUACCUUGUACAGUGCAAUCAGACCGUUUGGUAGCAGUGUCUUAUUAGGGUCCUAUGAGAAGGACACACCAGGCCUGUACAUGAUAGAUCCAUCAGGAGUCUCAUGGGGAUACUAUGGCUGUGCGAUAGGAAAGGCAAAGCAAGGUGCAAAGACCGAGAUUGAGAAACUAUUGGCAGGAGACAAACAGCUCAAGAACCUCACGUGUGAAGAAGCCCUCAAAGAAGUCGCCAAGAUUAUUCACAUAGUACAUGAUGAGAUCAAGGAUAAAGCCUUUGAACUAGAGCUUAGCUGGGUUGGAAAGGUUUCAAAUGGUCGCCAUGAAUUAGUUCCUAAGAAGAUUGCUGAUGAAGCAAUCAAGUAUGGAAAGGAGGCAUUAGAGGAACCAUCCAGCUCUGAUGAGGAUGACUUGUAACCAUAACAAUAAUUUUCUCUCUGUGAAUAUUUCCAACUUUUGUACAGCUAUUAGAAAGUAAUGUUAAGUACCUUUGUUUGGAUGUUCUCUGAUGAUCAGUUUAACUGUCCAACACUAGAGAAGUCUAGUGUAUAAAUGUAGUAAAGACACACAGAUCAAUAAGAUUCCAAAUGGACCUAUGGAUAAUGAUUUUCCAUCUAAAGUAUUCAUUUUGUCUGUUAAGAUAUGUGUUGUUUAUGCAGGGUCAUGUAUUAAAGGAUAGUUCUCCAAGAUGCACACCUGCAUUCUCCCUAUAUCCCAAUUAUGUUUCUGUAUGUUGCUAGAUCAUUUUACAUUUUUGGUUACUGUAUGAAUUGGCUGUACGAACAUGAUUUGUUACAGAGUUUUAAUAGAAACAGUCAUGUAUUCACACUUACUGAUGAAUUACCAAUAACAGACUUUUGUCUCCAUUUUGUGUUAAGAUAAUAAUUUCUGACUAUUAAAACUAGCAAUAUUUGCUUAUUGGAGGAAGGAAAAACAUGUGAAAGUUGUACUUCAAGGACUUAAUCCAAGUAUGGCGAUGUUACCUUUAUAUAGGGCUGUCCAUUCAGUGAUCAGGUAUGGUUUAUACUACUGUAUAGAUCUAUUGGAGAACAUUGCUAACAAUACUGGAAUUUUUGUUGGUUAAAGGCAGUUUCCCUGUAGGAAAAAAAAAUCACUUUUGGGAAUUGUGUAUAAUUAUGUCAAGAUAUCCAAGCUUUCAGAUGAUGGAACAGCAACAUCAAAUCUUUGUAAUUUUUAUGUGGUGAAAGUUCCUUGUUUUACAGUAUGUAAAAUCUCAUGACCAAUAUAGUAUACCUUCUAAGUGCAGAAUUCAUAACAGACAAUUUAAGAUCAUUUUAGAAUUUACUGUAUUUUUUGUACUGUGUCUCUUUCACGUGACAUAUUAGCAUUCUUAAUUCAAAGCCACUGGUAUUAACUAUAGGUUCAGAAUGUGUCUUCUACUCUACUUUAUGUAGUAGCAGUGAGAAAACUGAUAAAGUGAAGCCUUGUUGAAAAUGAAAAUACUCCUUGGAAGUAAGGAAUUAUCAUUCUAUAUUGAAAUCCCUUCAAAUCCGUUUUAUCAGGACCUGUACACAAUAAGACACAAAGAAGUUGAAAGGAAAAAAAAAUCAUCUUAUUUGUAAUAACAACUUGUCACAGUCCUUUUAUACAAAUGUAAUACCCGUUUCUGCAAGAGGUGAUCCAGAUCCAUGUACCUGCAUUCUUUGUGUUCUAUAAUACUUAAAAUCUCUUUGGUUUACAUGUACCUGUGUUAUAAACAUUUAUUUGUAAUAAAUGAUUGAGGAUCAUUGUACAUUGAA